AUGAGUGGUCGCACGAUGAACGUUCUGAACGUGGCGGAGAAGCCCUCGGUGGCGAAAUCCGUCUCCAACAUCCUAUCAAGGAACCAGGGUUUGCGAGUCAGGGAGGGCCGUUCCCGCUACAACAAGAUCUUCGAGUUCAACUACUCCAUUCGCGGCCAGCCCUGCCACAUGCUCUUCACCUCCGUCACUGGCCACCUCAUGGAGCUCGAAUUCGAAGAGCGUUACCGCAAAUGGCACUCUUGUGACCCCGCCGAUCUCUACAACGCUACUGUCCAGAAAUUUGUUCCUGAGGACAAGAAAGAUAUCAAGAGGACGCUAGAGGAGGAAGCUAGGAGGUGUCAGUGGCUUGUUUUGUGGCUUGAUUGUGAUAGAGAGGGUGAGAACAUUGCGUUUGAAGUGGUUGACGUAUGUACUGUGGCAAAUCGUCACCUUACUAUAAAGAGGGCUCGUUUCUCUGCUUUGAUUGACAGGGAAAUACAUGAAGCUGUACAAAAUCUUGUUGAGCCUAAUAAGUGGUUUGCUGAUGCUGUGGAUGCUAGGCAAGAAAUAGAUCUUCGUAUUGGUGCUUCUUUCACCAGAUUCCAAACCAUGUUAAUGAGAGAUGCUUUUGUCAUUGACACUGCUGCAGAUGACAGAAAUCUUGUCUUAAGUUAUGGCCCUUGCCAGUUCCCUACACUUGGAUUUGUUGUGGAAAGAUAUUGGGAGAUACAAGCACAUGAGCCAGAAGAGUUUUGGUCAAUCAAUUGUUCUCAUAGAUCAGAUGAAGGAAUUGCUAAUUUCGGCUGGAUGAGGGGCCAUUUGUUUGAUUAUACUUGUGCAGUUAUGAUAUAUGAGAUGUGUGUUGAGGAACCAAAUGCAACUGUCACAAACGUUAGACAACAAGAGAAGCUGAAGUAUCCUCCACAUCCUCUCAAUACCAUUGAGCUUGAGAAACGUGCUUCACGAUACUUCAGGAUGAGUUCUGAGCACACAAUGAAGGUGGCAGAAGAACUUUACCAAGCUGGUUUCAUCAGCUAUCCUCGUACAGAAACUGAUAGCUUUUCUUCAAGGACUGAUUUGCAUACAAUUGUUCAAGAACAACAAGGGCAUCCUCAGUGGGGAAUAUAUGCACAGCGGUUGUUGGACCCUGGGGUGGGACUUUGGAGAAACCCUAGUGGUGGUGGACAUGAUGACAAGGCACAUCCCCCCAUUCACCCCACAAAAUUUUCUACUGGAGAAUCUGGAUGGAGCCAAGACCACCGUAAAUUGUAUGAGUUGGUUGUUCGCCACUUCCUGGCAUGUGUUUCAAAGCCUGCUGUAGGAGCUGAAACCACAGUUGAAAUUGAUAUUGCAGGUGAACUAUUUUCAGCAUGUGGGCGGGUGAUUUUAGAGAAAAACUACUUGGAUGUUUAUCCAUUUGAAUCUUGGGGUGGAUCGAUGAUUCCAACAUACACUGUUGGUCAACAGUUCAUUCCAACAGCAUUGACCCUUGAUUCAGGAGUAACCAGACCACCGCCACUUCUGAGUGAGGCUGAUCUGCUGAGUUGUAUGGACAAGGAGGGUAUUGGCACAGAUGCUACAAUGCAUGAUCACAUCAAGAAGCUGCUUGACCGAUUUUAUGCAACUAAGGAUGCUAGCACUCGUUUCAGUCCAACUAAUCUUGGUGAGGCACUUGUUAUGGGAUACGAUGAUAUGGGGUAUAAACUUUGGAAACCAUAUCUUAGAGCAGUUAUGGAACGCGACAUGAAAUUAGUCAGUGAAGGGAAUAAAAGCAAAGAUGAAGUUUUGGCAACUAGCUUGCAGCAGAUGAAAGCUUGUUUUCUAGAUACAAGAUUGAACAAAGUGAAACUUCUAGAAGCCAUGGCAAUAUUUUUUGAAAGAUCUAAUAGGUCUGGCGGUGAGGAGCUGCAUGCAACUGGAGAAGUUGUUCGGCAAUGUGGACUUUGCCAUGAAUCAGACAUGGUGCUAAAGAAAAAUCGAGACGGCAAUUUUAUGGUUGGAUGUUUGGGUUUUCCUCAGUGUAGGAAUGUUGUCUGGCUCCCUGGAUCCGUAGCAGAAGCGGCUGUGACCACCAAUACUUGCAACUUUUGUACUCCUGGUCCUGUUUACCUUAUUCAAUUCAAAUUUCGGCAGCUGGAAAUACCACCAAACUAUAGCGUAAACCAUUUGGGUUGCAUUGGUGGCUGUGAUGAGAUUCUUACCCAGUUGACAGAAAUAUGUGGCACUGGCACUCGCAUGCCAGCAAGAGCUCGAGGAUCAACUGCACCAACCAGCAAUGCCCACCAUACCAACCCAAGGCAAGGAGUUUGUAUGAACUGUCAAGAAACAGGACAUUCUUCUAAUGAUUGUCCUUCACUGACUUCACAGUCCAGGAAUGCCCGACAUCGUGGAAUGAGUCAACAUAGUGGAGAAGCUUCUGUUUCAUGCAGUUCAUGCGGAACACCAUGUGUUUUGCGAACUGCAAAUACAGCAACUAACAGAGGAAGGAAGUUCUACUCAUGUCAAUCACAGGAGUGCAACUUCUUUGUAUGGGAGGAUAGCCUCAAUGAUGGCACUGGAGGUAGAAGUUUUACACGUUCAAAUAGUAUUCCAGCAUCCAACCCUAGCCGAAAUGGUGGUCGUGGAUCUCGUGGUAGAGGUAGACGGAAUGGACCUCAAGCUGCUAACACGACUUUUGUGUCAGCCACUGGUGAUCCUAUUUCUGGUAGAAGGUGCUUUGUCUGUGGUGAUCCAUCUCACUUUGCUAAUGUCUGCCCCAAUCGUGGAGUCUGAUGUCUCAAUGAUUCAUAUCAGCCGUUUAGAAGGAAAACUAGGUAAGGAGGGAAGAAUUAAUUUCGAAGCCCUACAUCAUGUCUCAAUUUUCUGUUGGAUUAAUCUAAAAGCAUGCAAGUGGAAUGGAAAUUGAAU